CAUCAGUCGAGUAUGGAGUCUGACAUGUGACUUAGGAUGGCGUAGCUGUCGUAGUUUCCUGAAAAACGCAGUGUUCAGGUUGGCACGGUCCUGCGAUGUCUUAUCCGUUUUAAUGUCUUUAAACACGAUUCAGACGAGAAAUCUGCCAUGAUUUCAGUUUGUUUUAAAUUAUCGUACGGUCAUCACGUGUAAACCAUCGGCUGCCGAAAUAGGUUAUGGAAAGCAUCCUUAAAGUUGCAAUAUAGGCUGUGGUGGUGUUGGUGCUGCUGCUUCCACUGCCCAUGUUGCUAUCUCACUGUCUGCUGACGGCCUCUGUCUGAAUCCACUCCACUCCACAACCAGAGGCCAAAGGACACACCUGUCCAGGUGAAGGACAGAUCUAACCUCCAGUCAUAAUGUCUACUGGCCAAACCCCUGGCUGUCAGUCAGUAUUAAUGGCUGGCCACGAGAGAACAGCUACCGAGAGAGAGAGGCAGGUGUGCCCUUUAAGAGGGGGAGCAGCUGAGGCAAGGACAGCAUCCUAGUCUCCAUCCUCUGUGGAGGUUUUGCGGUUCUGAAGAGUGCAAGAAAGAUCGGUGCUCAGUAAAGCUCUCCAGUUUGCUGUUCUCGUUCACUCCACCUGGAAACAGGCUGCAAUGGUCGGCAGUAUUCAAAGGCCUAACCCUGUCUGAGUGAGCCUUAUGAACAGCAGACCCAAUGGCCUUUUCACAAUGCGUGGGCCCACAGGACAUCAAAGGCCAGUGUUGGACAGACGAGGAGUCGGAUGGGGAGAACGAGUCGGAACAAUUCUUGUAUGGCAUUCAGGGGAGCUGUGCUGCUGACCUGUACCGCCACCCUCAACUGGACGCAGAUAUCGAGGCAGUAAAAGACAUCUACACUGACAGUGCUGUCUCUGUUAGGGAGUAUGGAACCAUUGAUGACGUGGACAUCGAUCUUCAUAUCAACAUCGGCUUCUUAGAUGAGGAGGUUGCGACAGCUUGGAAAGUUAUCAGAACAGAGCCCAUUAUUCUGAGACUGCGCUUUUCUCUUUCUCAGUACCUCGAUGGACCCGAGCCGUCAGUGGAAGUGUUCCAGCCCUCCAAUAAAGAAGGCUUCAGCCUGGGCCUGCAGCUUAAAAAGAUCCUGAGCACAUUCACCUCACAGCAAUGGAAGCACCUCAGUAAUGAGUUCCUCAAGGCCCAGCAGGAGAAGAGGCACAGCUGGUUCAAAGCUGGAGGAACCAUCAAGAAGUUCCGUGCUGGGCUCAGCAUUUUCUCCCCCAUACCCAAGUCUCCGAGUUUUCCGCUGAUCCAGGACACGGUUUUGAAAGGGAAGCUGAGCGUCCCUGAGCUGAGAGUGACCCGUCUGAUGAACCGUUCUAUCUCGUGUACAAUGAAGAACCCCAAAGGGGAGCUCUUUAGCUAUCCACCAAACAGCCAGACUGUGGCUGUCCCGGCGGCCAGGGCCCCAGCGCAGAUUACCACGAGGCAGCUGAUUGAAUUGUUUUUCUCAUCCCAGGCGGGCGGCCACUGCAAGAACAUCCCUACCUUGGAGUAUGGCUUCUUAGUGCAGAUUAUGAAGUACUCAGAACAGAGGAUCCCCACACUCAACGAGUACUGCGUGGUGUGUGAUGAACAGCACGUCUUUCAGAAUGGAUCCAUGCUGAAGCCGGCUGUGUGCACCAGAGAGCUGUGUGUGUUCUCCUUCUACACUCUGGGUGUGAUGUCUGGAGCUGCAGAGGAAGUGGCCACCGGAGCAGAGGUGGUGGACCUGCUCGUGGCUAUGUGUCGAGCUGCUCUUGAAUCUCCCCGUAAGAGCAUCAUUUUUGAGCCCUACCCAUCAGUUGUUGACCCCAAUGACCCCAAGACUCUGGCCUUCAACCCAAAGAAGAAGAAUUAUGAGAGACUGCAGAAAGCAUUGGACAGCGUCAUGUCCAUUCGGGAAAUGACCCAGGGCUCAUAUCUUGAGAUCAAGAAACAGAUGGACAAACUUGACCCUCUGGCACAUCCCCUUCUACAGUGGAUUAUUUCCAGUAACAGGUCCCAUAUCGUCAAGCUGCCUCUAAGUAGGCAACUGAAAUUCAUGCACACCUCCCACCAGUUUUUGCUGCUCAGCAGCCCUCCGGCCAAGGAGGCUCGUUUUCGCACUGCCAAGAAGCUUUACGGCAGCACCUUCGCCUUCCAUGGUUCCCAUAUAGAGAACUGGCACUCUGUUCUGAGAAAUGGACUAGUCAAUGCCUCUUAUACCAAACUGCAGCUGCAUGGGGCAGCAUAUGGAAAGGGCAUCUAUCUGAGCCCCAUCUCCAGCAUAUCUUUUGGAUACUCAGGAAUGGGGAAAGGACAGCACCGCAUGCCCACCAAAGAUGAACUGGUGCAGCGUUAUAACCGAAUGAACACCAUACCACAGAGCCGUCCAAUACAAUCAAGGUUUCUUCAGAGUCGAAAUCUGAACUGCAUCGCUCUUUGUGAAGUGAUAACAUCUAAGGAUCUGCAGAAACAUGGCAACAUCUGGGUGUGUCCAGUUUCCGACCACGUCUGUACUCGCUUCUUUUUUGUGUACGAGGAUGGUCAAGUGGGAGAUGCCAACAUCAACACCCAGGAACCUAAGGUGCAGAAGGAGAUCAUGCGCGUGAUUGGAACCCAGAUCUACUCCAGCUAAUAGAGGCUGACCAUACGUCUCUCUGGUGGAGGCACACAGGCAGGCAUACACCGAAUGUUUGGGCGAGCUGACCUCAGGCCUGGCACUGAAGGCCGAGGGAACUCUUGAGCACGUAAUUUCUGAAGUUGUUUUGUUCUACUCCUCUCAUUUCCCUCUCUCUCUCUCUCUCUCUCUUUUGUUCCUCGUCUCCAUGUGGUUACACACCACAUUGUUUGUUUAACCUAGUUAAAGUCAGUCUGCUUUUCUCAGUUCACGUCAUUUUCCAAAAGAAAUGUAACAAACUGAUGAAGAAAAGGAAGUAGUCACACACACACACAGAUUCACACCCGAAGUCGACUGGGCUUUUUCCCUUCUUACUGCACUUUUACUAAUCCUUUGGACUAAUUAUCUAUGUUUAUCAUUUCUGUUUGUGAAUAUCAAGAAAAAAAAAAAACAUUCCCGGUGAUACUUAGAUACCUUAUAAUAAGUGAUGGGUUUACAUGCACAUAGAAGUUUGUUCUCUUAUUGUGUUUGCAAAGGCAUUAUCUCUGAUCUGUUUAUUUGAUAUUCUUUGAAUAAUGACAUGAAUUAAGGUCUGGAACAUGUCUAGCUGAAGGGCAUGUGUUGCUCUCUCAUUUUGUCCUUGUUCACUUGUUCACUCCUUGAAGCUCCCAGAAUCCAAUAAGCGAGGUGUGACUUGAGCUCAAGUUACAUACACUAUAGGCACUUUGUUUUUUGAUGACAUUAUCAAGUGUAAAAGUCCAGUAUUACGUUUUUUUAUAUUAUUAUUAUUACAGAAGUAAAGAUUGAUGUUGCACUUUCAAAACCUCACAGAUGGCAAAUCUCAAAAAGACUGGGUCUAUGUCAAGGCCUUUUAACAUUUAAUUGUUGGUGGUAAUAGCAAAAUAUCAAAAUAGUUAGUUAAAAUAGAAUUACAAGCCAACAUAUUCAUAAUUAAAUUUUUACUUGUAGCAGUUCUAAUCAAACAUAUCUACAAUUCAUUUCUUACUAGUCAAAAUAUUAGUCACUGAUUUCUUACCAAUUAGUGUUUGCCAUUGACGCUCACUCAAAGUCAUUUAUCUGUCAUUGUCAGGUUUGAUUUGUUAGAAUUCCAAGUCAGCAUGUCCAUAAAGUAAUUUUGACUAGUUGCUAUUCUGAUUGAUGAUAUCCACGACUCAAAACCGCAAAUGUUCAUUGCAGGUAUCUGCAGCUUUUAUUACUUUACAGAUAUCAUAGAUGGAAUUCUAGGUAUCUAAAAUUCAAUUCUGAUUAGUCAAAAUUUAAUUAUUAUGUCAGCUUGGAAUUAAAUUAAAAGAGUAAGACUGUUAUUUCAUGUAUUUAGACUUGCUUUUCAGACAUAUGGAAGACGAAUGUAAGUAGUGACAGUAUGCUCAUACAAGU